CACACGCGCACACGCACACAGCGCGCGACUAAACCAGAGUUUAAAAAAAAUAACGAAACGGUUUGAAUUCCUACUAAAGUCGUAGAUUUAUUGAAGCGGUUUGUAAAGUUUCCUUAAAACAAUUCCAGUUCAAGUAACAGACAUUUUGGUCGAUGUCUUUUUUUUUCGGUGACAGUCGAAACCAAAAAUUUAACCUUCUGGCAGGAUUAUAUGGAAAAAGUUGCGUUAUUGAAAUAUUCUACUUCGGUGUGAUGAUAAUUCGAAACAAUAUUCUGUUUGUUGUGAUUUCGUUAGCUCGCUAGCUAGAGCUACUGUUUACUCACGUCGACCGAAGGAUUUACAUGAACUCUGUGUUGACAUCUGCGUCUCAACUCAGUUCGGCUUUAGUCAACAAAUACAUUAAAAGAACAGUUCCGUUCCCGAGUCUGGACACGGAAAGUGAAGUGUGUAUUAAACCGGAGAAGUAACAGCUGGUGUAAGAGAGUUAGCAGCCAGAACUCGUCCCAUGUUUGAUCAGAGUUCAGAUGAAGAUGUGGAUCCUGAAUCGGAGCAAACAGAGCAGCUCGCUGGGAUUCUCAUCAAGUGGACCAACUAUAUCCAUGGCUGGCAGGACCGGUGGGUUGUACUGAAGAACAACACGCUAAGCUACUAUAAGUCAGAGCAUGAGCAAGAGUAUGGCUGCAGAGGAUCACUGUGUCUCAACAAGGCUAUAAUCAAGCCUCACAAAUUUGACGAAUGCCGCUUUGACAUCAGUGUAAAUGACAACAUUUGGUACCUGAGGGCUGAAGAUCCUGAGCUUCGGCACCAGUGGGUUGAUACCAUUGAACUUCUUAAGGCUGAGUCUGGCUAUGGUUCAGAGACCAGUUUGCGGCACCAUGGAUCCCUGCUCUCCCUCACUUCUGCCACCAGUGGUCUCUCAACCACUUCCACAUCUUCCUUUAAGAAAGGCAGCAGUCUCAAAGAGAAGCUGGCAGAGAUGGAGACAUUCCGGGAGAUUCUGUGCAAACAAGUGGACACACUGCAGCGCUACUUUGACACCUGUGCAAGUGGAGAACACAGAGAGGAAUUCUUCAGGGACAAAGUAAUUGAGGAUGAAGAAGAUGAUUUUGCCAGCUUACAGCCAGGUAGAGACUACCUCCUCAACAAUAACAGCAGCAAAGCGAAGUUAUUCUCUAUGGCCAGCUCCAGAGGGUGCAUUGGCAUUGAUUUCAAAGGUGAAGCAAUCACUUUCAAAGCCACCACAGAAGGCAUACUCUCUACAAUGUCCCACUGCAUCGAUAUCAUGGUCAAACGUGAGAAGACCUGGCAAAAGCGACUGGAUAAAGAAAUGCAACAGAGAAAGAAAGUUGAAGAAUCCUAUAAGUCAGCCAUAACAGAACUGAAGAAGAAAUCACACUACGGUGGACCAGACUAUGAAGAGGGGCCAAACAGUCUCAUCAAUGAAGAUGAAUUCUUUGAUGCUGUUGAAGCAGCUCUCGAUAAACAAGACAAGAUUGAGGAGCAGACUGAAAAGUGCAGGACCUCUUGGCCAGUUACACUCAACUCCUCUCUUAAUGCUCACAAAUACACCAACAAGCCUCUUAGCCAUGCUUCCUCACUGUCCUCUCUCGACUUAGUCAGUGCGUCUGAUGACUUGCACAGACUGAGUGUUCAGGUGGAGGAAAUAAUACAGAGUCACAUGACUCACUCCUUACAAGAUGUAGGUGGAGAUGCUAACUGGCAGCUUCUUACUGAGGAGGGUGAGCUGAAGGUGUACAGGAGAGAGGUGGAGGAGAAUGGUGUCGUGUUGGACCCUCUCAAAGCCACACAUGCUGUUAAAGGGGUUACAGGUCAUGAGGUCUGUCAUUAUUUCUGGGACACAGCCUUCCGGUAUGACUGGGAAACGACUGUCGAAAACUUCAACGUAAUAGAGACAUUAUCAGACAAGGCAGUAAUUAUUUACCAGACUCAUAAGAGGGUGUGGCCUGCUUCGCAAAGAGACAUCCUUUAUCUGUCAGUUAUCCGCAAAAUCAUCUCUACCAAUGAGAAUGAACCAGAUACGUGGAUUGUGUGCAAUUUCUCUGUAGAUCACGAUGGAUAUCCACCCACAAGCAGGUGUAUCCGUGCCAAAAUCAACGUGGCCAUGAUCUGCCAGACGAUAGUCAAUCCACCAGAGGGCAACAAAGAGAUUGGCCGAGACAAUAUUCUCUGUAAAAUUACUUAUGUAGCCAAUGUUAAUCCAGGCGGAUGGGCACCAGCAUCAGUCUUACGUGCAGUUGCCAAGAGAGAAUAUCCUAAAUUCUUAAAGCGAUUCACAGCGUAUGUUCGAGAUAAGACCAGUGACAAAUCAAUCCUCUUUUAAAACAGGUUGCCAGCCUCCCUUAAACAUAUCCUUAAGAGGCCUUAUCCAUCCAUUCACACUCAAAAUCUCAACCUGAAGUGCUUCAGAGAACUACUUUACCCAGAAGUCUUUCAUUCGCCUUUUACAUGAAAUAGUAUUCUGGAUCAGGAAUAUCAAUGUUCAUAUAUAAGGUUCCAGACGGAGUAUUCAGGUAUUCAUUUUACACAAUGAUUAAAUGAACAGUACAGCCCUUGUUUAGGUUUUAGCAAAUGGAUACUUGUCUGUUUUGACUUUUAUAAGAGUUCAAGUGUUUACUUAUUGCAUUGUACAUAUUUGGAUUCAUGUUAUGUGCACAUUCACUAAUGUCUUUAUUAUAAUUAAAACUCUACAAACAUCUAAGGAAAAACUAAGUUAACAAAGAACUUUAAACAAAUGUUUCUUUUAGUGGCCUAUGUCUUAAUUUUAUGUAUGUAUGUAUGUAUGUAUGUAUGUAUGUAUGUAUGUAUGUAUGUAUGUGGUAGAGCUUAAAAAAUGCUGGAUGCAGAGGUUGAUAAACUGGGAAGCACUAUGAUUAAUUGGGUUGUUAGAUACUGACAAGAGAACAAAAUGGUGAAGAAUAAUAUUCAUUUUUGUGAAUGUUUUGUUAAACAUUUGACCAAAUAAUGCAGAACUACCUUUACUUGUGUAGCCCGUCUACUGUCAAUAGUUGUAGAAAGGUUCCCUGAGUUCUCAUCAAUGAACCUGUUUGGAAAUAAAUUAUAGAUUCCCGUUUUCAUGCAAAUUAAAUAAAUAAAGAAAACAAAAUACAAGUUAUAAAUGCUCUUUCCCCAAACCAGGGUUCGUACACAUUUUUACCAAUAAAAUUCCAUGACUUUUCUAUGACUUUAAGUAAAUAUUCAUGACCUAAUGUUUCAUGAAAUGUAUAUGUAUACAUGUAAAUAAGAAGAAAAUCCAUGUUACACUCAGAAUAUUUUUACUAAAAUAAAUGACAAGCUUUGUAGUGUAGAAUACAAAAUAACCAUUUAUUUAAAUAACUUAUUUAAAUAAUGUUAAUUAGGGACUUUCCCGCAUCUUUCUGCACUUGCUUCUGGAGUAUUUCGAAUACUUUCCAGUUGACGUUUGGUCCGUCCAUUGAGAUCUGGACAAGAUUAUUGAUUCUGAUCUCUGAGUGCAAGUUAUUCAUUUUUUCAGCGAUGUCUUGAGCUGAUGAAUGGCCCAUGAACUCUGAGCCGAUGUAUUUAGUCUUCACCUCGGACCCGUUCCAUAGCCUGACAUGCAUGUCUAACUGUUUAGACUGUAAAUAGUGAUUCAGACUUUCAUCAAAGAGCAUAAAAUAGACGCUUUGCUUCGAUACAUCUGUCAAAGUCAGUUUCUUAAAAUAAGGAGCCAGUCCAAAAGUGCAUAAAUAUGAGCACUUGCGUUCGCUGCGUGCAAAGCUGGCCGCUAUCUUGCUGUCUGGGAACAUAGUCUGAAGAAGCUGGCCUGUGUCUUCACAAGACUUGUAGGAAUAGUGCGAAGCCACCUUUAGCGCCCACAGUACCUCUGCAGUUAGGGUUUUGUUUCUGGAUACAGCACUCAAAAUGGUCCCUUGUUUUGCAGUAGAUGAGAGGGAACCACCGCAGCUGGGAGUGGGUGUCACAUCAGUCGCACGGGUGAAAAAGCCAGCGAUCAGGUUGGGAGCUGUUUAGCGUGGCUAGGCAGCACUGUCUCUCCCAUGUUCGAAAUGUCAAACGUUUUACGACACAGUGUACAUUUAGCACGUUCUGGGUCCUGAUCUUUCUCCAGCUACCCCUCAUACUUUACAUCAUGAAGCCAUACAUUUUUAAAUCUGCAUUUUCCUGGCAUUGCUACAUAAUACUAACAUUAGCUGAAACUGCGUUACCCCACGCAGAGAAUGUCAAGUGACGGAUCGUGCGAACGUUAACUAUUGUAAUGUAACAUGGGUGUUGGAACCAUUAUAUGUGGGUGGGACAGAACCCCUCCACUUUUUAAGACCAAUAAUAUUGGACCCACCCACUUUUACCGUCUCUAUUCAGCACAUAUGUCUGUUCACUUUCACAGCGCCGCCAGUCGACUCCAUUCUGCUUGAGGAAUGCCCUAAUAAAUUAAACUGUAUUCCGCGUUUUACCUACAGCAUUGACCACACUCCUGCUUCCUGAAAUCUAUGGGCAUUGGAACCAUUAUAUGUGGGUGGGACAGGACCCACCCACGUUUUAUUUGCUUCCGACGCCCGUGUAAUUUAACCAAUAUUAUCAACUAUAUUCGAAUAUAAAAGAUUGUGAAACAAUUUUUCCAUGACUUUUCCAAAACUCUCUGUUUUAAUUUAUUUUUCCAAAACUUUUCCAGGCCUGCAAAUUGUCAUUUUAAAAUUCCAUGACUUUUCCAGGUUUUUCAUGACCGUAUGAACCGUAUGAAAAUUUCACAUUAAAACACAAAUACUUUUUGGAUAUAUUUUAGCUCAACUCAAAUGACAAAUUAGCUCAAUUGCAUUCUCUUUUCUACCUAAAUAAAAAUAACAUUCAGAAAUAAGUGGUCAGAUUAUUUUAAAACAAAUCAACGUUGCGGGCCUGAUUCAAUGCUUGGGGUCAUUGAGACCAAAAACUCAGUGUUCGUUUUGCUCACACAGAAGCAUCAAAUGAAAACAGGAUGGUAACUUAUUCCACUUUUGGAGGUAAUCCAAAGAACUAUCGGUCUGUCUCCGUCCGCUAGCAGUUAACAAUAUCUGAGAAGUUGUUACUUGUCUCCGGAACCACAACAAUCCGAAAGAAAUGCGUUGAGCUGCGUUAGCUAGCAGUCUCUGCUCAUGUACGUUGCUCUGUUCCUCUCGCUGUACUGACAAGGGGGUCUCCGGAAAAUGCACGAACACACACCAAUUCUCAGUCUCUCAGAAAGGUCCGUACUCAGUCAAAUUAUCUUGCUGACAAUCGAAAGUCUGAGUCUUUACAAACUUUAAGCACUCAACAUCAGAGUUUACAUUUUAAUUCACAACUGAAACUAUAUAUUUUAACCUUGAUUAAACAUAAAUUUUUUUUUUAACAUUUUUUUUACAGCUAUCUUGUGUUUUUUUAACUGGGCUACAUCCUUCCCCUUCUAAAUGUCUGGUGUCCACAACAGACUUAUUUUCCUACUCCUAUACAGGAAAUGGGAAAGGUAGCUAACUGUUCUCUACAUUUCUAUCCUUUUCCAAUUUUAAUUAACACGCCUCUGUGUAUAAUGGUAAUUUGCUGAUCUCUGCCUUUACCUGGCUCAUCAUAUGUUAACCACAGGUUUCACUGCUCUCUUGGGACUGCUCUCUUCACUGCUCUCUUCAGCCUCUUAAGACUUUCUGCCUCCCAAAACUCUAGGAUUGUCUGCCUCUUUAGUAACUUCUGCAGCAGUAUUGCCUGAGUCUUUAGCUGAUUCUGGCUUUUCUUGGUCUGGAUCACUUUCAGAUCUCAAAGAAGAAUGUGGACUAGACUCCGGUUCCAUUUUAUUCAGGAGUUCCUCCCCAGAACUAUCAUCCUCCUGUUUGUCAUUUGGUUGUGGAUAAUCACUCGGCUCCACUUCUAAAAAAAGCUGAGGGAUCUACAGCACUCCUGGUUGCCUGGCCCAUAUUUCUUGAGCAUGUAUACCAGAAUCGAUUGGGUCUACAAUACUCAGAGGACGAGUCUGAAUCUGGGGACUCCUUUGAAAUUAUCUGAACUUCUGUGGGGUUUGGCUUUCUUCUUUUGUAAGUCUGGGCUCAGGUCUUUGGCCUGAUAGGUGACUCAUCACCCACCUCCGUCCAUGGGAGUGGUAUAAGUUGCUCUAUCAUGGAGGAUGUGUUCUCUAUUGAUUUUUUUGCUGCCUCAGGUUUGACCUUAUAAACAAGUCGAUUGGGCAUUUUUCCCACUACAGUGUAGGGAAUGUGACUCCAUCGGGUCUGUAACUUGUUUGCCUUUCAGCCCCCAGUUCUUGAGUAGCACUUGGUCACUGGUUUCCAGGGACUGAAAACUAACUCUUUUGUCAUAACACUUCUUAUUCCUUUGGUGAGUCUUGUCAGGGCAAGUGAUAAGCUCUCUGCAACUCUUCCUUCAACUUUUCCACAUAUUUUGUAUGUCCAUUUCUUUUCCCAACCAGAGAUGUAACAAAGCACACAUUUACAUGAAGUCUGGCUUCUCUGCCGAACAUAAAGUAGUAGGGUGAGUACCCUGAGCACAGGGGCGGUUCUAGCCCUUUUUUAGGGUGGCUCCAGCCCCCCUGUCUAUGAUCUCAGCCACCCUAAAACUAUAAGUAUAAUUUUUACUUUAAAAAAUAAACAAUAAAAAUUACGUAAAAAUGCAGGACAUGUCGUCUAUGGGAAAGAAAAUUAUUUAUCAGUUUGAUCCAAGAGCGAUUUUUUUUCACUUUUACGCGCGUGCGUUGUAGUCUUUCAAAAGUGCGUCAUCAGCUAUCUGCUCUAUUUGUACGGAGAAGCACAGACACGUGCAGCGUGCACGCGCAGUCAGAGCUGGAGGCAUUUAUCUAUAACAUUAAUCGGCGGAAAACCGCAAAGACGGCGACCAAAAGCAGUGAAAUUUCACUAUUCUUAUUACCAGAGUUGAUGGCACAAACAAAAUAUUAAUGCAAACAAUCCAUUCAAUACUAAAUAAAAAUAACAUUUAUUGAUUUGGUCUUUGUCUUGUGAAUAUUUUUUAUUAAUGACUGCAUUAAUUGGACACACUGUUUGUAGAGAAUGCAUACAUACAUGAACUGAUCUGAUUCAAGACUGGCAUCAUUACAUCAUGCAUAAAAUUUGGGUGUCCACUUUUGCCAUUUAAUAAUACCAUAACUUUUGGCUUACUAUGUAGUUAUAUUUCACUGGGGGCUAAGUCCCCCUAAAGAUGAAAUCCUAGAACCGCCCCUACCUGAGCAUCACAUUUGGUGCUAUUGCAGGCAUGGACUAAAUAUCCCACAUGUUGUCUCGACUGAUGUUUCUUUUCUUGGUUCAAGGUUCCUAACAUGGCAAGUAAAGUUCCGUUGAACCUCUCUGGCUGAGGAUCCCCCUGUGGGUGAUAUGGAGUAGGUCUUGGAUGAACUGACUCUCAAAGUCCCCAAAGAUUCCUGCUGGAAAAUGCAACUGGUUUUAUAUCCUCAGGAUAUUCCUGGUACAGAACAGCUCCAAGCUAGCAUCCACAUGUAGAAUGUAUGGCUGCUCGGCUAAGGCUAAUGCGUCAGGCAGCAGAUAAUCUGAUGGAAUGCAUCGUGACAAGCCUGAUCCCACCGGCUUCCAAAGGGCUUUGACUCUAUAAGGUACAUCUUUGUAGGAUCUUAUGUUUCCUGCUCUUUUGGGUUCGGGCAUAACCCUUGGUUAGCUCAGAGACCUGACAAAUGAAGCAUAGUUUGCAAUACACCGUCGAUAAUACCCACAAAAACCCAAAACAGAUUUCAGAGUCUUCAAGUCAGUAGGCUGUGGCUAGUUGGUGACUGCCUUAAUCUUCUGGUCAGGUGAAACGCCCUCUGUGGACAAAAUGUGUCCAAGAUGUUUGACCUUUGUCAAGAGAGAUCUUUAACCCAGCCUCUUCACGUCAGCCAAGUACUUUAGGAAGUCUCCCCUCGUGUUCUUCCAAAGAUUUGGCAAAAAAAUCAAAUCAUCAAGGUAAACAAGAAUUUGGAGCAGGUUCAUGUCACCAACUGUUUUUUUCCAUCAAGGAGGAUGUUUUUCCUUGUCUUCUUCAGCCAUGGCUAUUUGUUAAUAGCCACUUCUCAAGUCCAGUACUGAGAACCACCUGCUUCCAGACAAAGAGUCCAGUGCAACCAUUGCAAGAUGUGGUGUACUGAUCGGAAACAGUCCAACUACUCAAAACCGGUAGUCAAUACACAUCCUUAUGGUCAGUUGGUUGUGCACCUGGCAGUAGACCUCUAAGGUCCUUUGUAGUUUUCCACAAAUUAACCUGCAGCAGCAAGGUUAAUUUGCUUAUAAAGUCUUCAUCUGAAGCUGGGGCCUUAUCAGUGACUAUUAAUGACCAAGCUACUACACUCUCAGGAAAAAUCACCUCAGAUGGAACCUCUUACAGCAAUAAGGGCUUCCCUCAUUCACAUAAGACUGUCAGGCUGUUCAAUCUUGCAUUGAAAAUCCUUCCCCUAACUCGUUCCCUGCCCAAGCACUUGAUGGUCUGGAGAGUCUCUUUAAUUUGUGCUUUUCCAUAUCGUCUGAGACAAUAACCUGCAGUCCAUGAGCCACAUCUAAACCUUCCCCUCUGCACCACCUCUUCAGCUCAGAAACUAACUCUGUCUGCCAUGCUUAUUGUUUGGUUUUCCUCCAGUUUUUCUUUUUUCUAUCUAUUUUAACUUUACUGGGUACCCAAGACUAAUCCCUGCGGUGCCUCUAUUUUAUGUAGCAUGUCUACUCUCAAUAGUUGUAGAAAGUUUCGUAGGUCUUGGGCUGCUAUGUAAAAAACCUAAUCUCUCACAUUAGAACACUAGAAACAAAGUAAAGCCUGGAAUAUCACACAUUAACACUUUAGUUACAGUACAGUAACACUUUAGAAAUCUUUAGUGUGUGCUUUAGAUCACUAAAAUGAAAACAUCAAUGAAUCUGUUAGGAUUAAUUCAUAAUUUCCUGUUUUCAUGCAAAUUAAAUAAAGAAAUAAAUAUAAAAUACAAGUUAUAAAUGCUCUUUUCCCAAACUAUUGUGCUACACCACACGAUUUCACAUUUAAACACAAAUACUCUCAAUAUAUAGUUGUUGGAUAUGUUUUAGCUCAACUCAAAUGACAAAUUAGCUCAAUUGCAUUUUCUUUUCUACUUAAUAUUUUUUCUAUUCUCCUAAAUAAAAAUAACAUUUAUAAAUAAGUGUCAGAUUAUUUUAAAACCUGAUUCGAUGCUUGGGGUCGUUGAGACCAAAAACUCAGCGGUCGUUUUGCUCACAACAAUCCCUCAGAUCCAUGUUUAGCUGGUUAGCUAGCCCUUUCUGCUCGUGCAUGUUUCUCUCGCUGUACUGACAGCGGGGUCUCCGGAAGAUGCACCAACACUACGAAUUUCUUUUUGGUAUUCUCAGUCUCUCGGAAAGGUCCGUACUCAGUCGAUUCAUCUUGCUGACAAUCGAAAGUGUGAGAUUUUACAAACUUUAAGCACUUAACAUCAGAGCUUUCAUCUCAAAACUGCUCCGUUAGCCUGUUAGCAUUUCCCCUCGUGCUUCACGCUUUUCGUGCGUGCUCUCCGUCUUUGUCC